UUGAUGUGAAAAUCAAUGCAACUGACUUAUACGUUGAUAUUGGAAGGUUGUUAUGAAUUGAAGUCAUUGCCUGUGGACUUGAGCAAUCUAAUUCAGUUGCGCCAUCUCAACAACUCAGGUGCAUAUUCGUUGGAAGGAAUGCCUUCGCAACUAGGUCGAUUGACAAAUCUACAAUCACUGCCUCUUUUUGUGGCGAGCGAAGGUAGUGAUCAAUCUGGGAUAAGAGAGAUAGGGCCCCUAUUGCAUCUCCGAGGGACAUUGUGCCUCUCAAAAUUGGAGAAUGUGAUUGAUGUCGAGGAUGCCAGGAGGGCCAACUUGAAAUGCAAGGAGAGGCUUGAUUCGUUGGUUCUAGAAUGGUCUCAUUCAAGCAACACAAGAGAAAUGGAAUCCACUGUGCUCGACAUGUUACAUCCUCAUACAAAGCUCAAGGAGUUCACUAUCAAGAGUUACGCCGGAAAGGAAUUUUCAUCAUGGGUUGGAGGUUCUUUCUUCUCUAAUAUGGUGCUUGUGCGCUUAGAGGAAUGUAACAAUUGUUUAUCGUUGCCACCUCUCGGACAAUUGCCUCAACUCAAAGAGCUUUAUAUUAGCGGAAUGAAUGCAGUGGAAAGUGUUGGUGCUGAGUUUUAUGGCGAGUGUGUCUUGGCUUUUCCUCUGUUAGAGAUUCUCGAGUUUGUGGAUAUGCAGCAUUGGAAGGUGUGGCUUCCCUUCCAACGGGAUCACGGAAGUGGUGUUUUCCCUUGCCUGAAAAGGCUUUCAAUCAAAGAAUGUUCUAAGUUGGAAGGUAAGCUGCCAGAGAACCUCGAUUUGUUAGCCAAACUUGAAAUUGUUGAAUGUGAGGAAUUGGUGGUUUCGAUUGCCAACUACAAACAACUUCGUCAAUUAAACAUUGACGGUUGUAAAGUAUUGGUGCAUACAGAUGCUAAGGUUGAGUUUGAGUUAUUAGAGUCCUUGUGCCUUUCAAACAUUUCGGAGGUGAUGUCUCUGCAAACAGGGGAAUUGUUGAGGAAGGGAUUAAGCAAGGUUAGAGAUUUGAAGAUUAAUGGAUGUGAGAAGCUGAUGUCGUCAUUGAAGAAUGAGGGUAGAUUAUUGCAGCGGUUGACUUGUCUUGGCCGUUUGGAAAUUGAAGACAACUCUGCCCUAGUUGAAGAAUUGGGAGAAGAAGCAGAGGAGUUGCUGCAAUUGGAAAUAUUGGAAUGCAAGCUUGAAUGUCUGGAGUUAAAAAAGUGCGAAAAUCUUUUGAAGCUACCAAAAGGGUUAAAUCAGCUGUCGUCUCUUCAAGAGCUUCGCAUAUACGAAUGUUCAUCUCUAGUUUCUUUUCCAGAUGUUGGUCUGCCACCUUCUCUUAAACACAUCGACAUUAGAAGGUGCCAUUCGUUGAUAUAUUUUGCAAAAUUCCAGAUUCCCCAAAAUCUCAGAAGAAUAGAGAUAAGAUGGUGCAAAAGUUUGAAAUCACUGGUAGAUGAGGAGGAAUGUGAACGAGAGGGUUUAAUAGCACCGAACGGGUUCUUCGGCGACAACACCAAUCAUUGCCUUGAAUAUAUUGAGAUAUGGCAUUGCCAAAAUCUGAAAUCCUUACCGGAUGACUUAUGCCACCUCAGCAAUCUUCAAACUCUAAUUAUUAGGUACUGUGGAAGUCUUGUUUCCAUCCCGAGACUGAGUGGAGGGAGAAGACCCUCCAACCUGAGAGAGAUCAGUAUCAGAGAUUGCGAGAAAUUGGAGGCGUUGCCCGAAGACAUGCACAAUCUCAACUCUCUUGAGGAAUUGAGGAUCGACUACCGUGAAGGUUUGCCUUUUCCUCCCAACCUCACGUUUCUUUCAAUUAAUAAGGUCAAGAGUUGUAAGUCAUUGUGGAAGCUGGAGUGGGGGUUGCAGAGACUCAACUCUCUUAGAAUGUUGUGGAUCAGUGGGGAAGACCCGGAUACGGUGUCGUUUCGACCCGACAUGGUCCGCAUGGAGAUGCUCCUCCCCAAAUCUGUCACUGAACUCAUAAUAGUUGGCUUCCCGAAUCUGAAGAAACUGAGCGGCAAGGGCUUUCAAUUCCUCACCUCCCUUCAAUCUCUGCGGCUCUUCAAUUGUCCAAAGCUAGCAUCCAUUCCAGAGGAGGGUCUGCCUCCUUCACUAGAGAGACUUGACAUCUUUGGGUGUCCAGUGCUAAAAGAGAGAUGCCAACCAGGAAAAGUAUCCCACAUCCCUCGCAUACGGAUAGAUUUUAACGAGAUAUGAAGCUGAUGGUCCAGGAAAAAGGCAGGCCACUCCCAAAAUUUGGUGAAUGGGACGUCAAUGAUCCUGCUUCGGCUGAGGGGUUUACUGUGAUCUUUAACAAGGCUAGGGAUGAGAAGAAGACAGGUGGAAAACCAGAGUCACCAGGAAAGGUUGAUCCUAAUAUCAGGCAUGGAGGAGGAGUGGAUCCUGGCACUGGCAGGCCUUCGUCAUCU